AUGAAUGUUGACAAAUUGAUCGGUGACCUGAAAGAUUUAGAGAACGAUGAAUAUGGGGAACAUAUUAGAAAGGAAAGUAUAUUUAGUGCCACUGAAAUAAAGAACAAAAGGAAUGAGAUAAAUAGCUGUUUGGAUGUGGUAUCAUUAUAUAAUGAACAGAUAAGUUAUAUUUCUAAUUUUAAUAUUAAGAAUGAAUAUAGGAAAUGUAAGAUUCGAGCAGAAAAGAUUCAAAUGAAUGUUUUGUAUGAUUUAAUUUUUUUAUUAAAAUUAAAAAGGAAAACAAGUAAUUUGUGUGAUGAUAAUGUUACUAGGGAUAUUAUACAUAAAAUAUGUGAAUGUAUUGAAAUAACAUUUCAUAAUGAAAAUGAUAAGAUUGAAGAAAUAUGUGAUGAAAAUAGUUUAUAUAUAUAUAAAAAGCAUUUAUUAAAAAAUAAAUUUAUGUUAUUAAAAAUUAUAAGGAAAAUAAAAAAUAAUCACUUAUAUCCUGAUAUUAAACAAUUAAUCAAGGAUGUAACAAGAGAUGUUUUUUCAUUUAAUGGGAAAAUAUAUAAUGGUAGUAUAGGUUUUGAAAAUAUUAUAUAUUUAUUAUAUAAAUUAUUAAAAAAGAAAUAUAUUACAUGUUCAUUAAAAUCAUUUAUUCUGAGUUUCUUUAUAUUAAGUAUAAUGAGUAGAACGAACAAUAGUGUAGAUAUAUUAUAUAUAUUAGAAUAUUUUUAUAAAAAUAAUAAUUUUUCAAUUAUUAUACCUGAUUCAUCAUUUUUAUCACCUUGUGAAUUAAGUAUAUAUGAUAAUAUUAUCUUAUUAAAAAAUAAUGUCAGAUAUCUAAUUAAUAUAACAGAAGAAUCCACAUUGAAAUAUAAUUGCUAUAAUAUUAUAUAUAUGGAUAUUAAUAAAAUUACAGAUCAUUUUUAUAAUCAUAUUUAUAAAAUAUUAUUACAACAAGAGAAAUAUCAUUAUAUUUUUAAAUAUAAAAUUUUUCAUAACAUACACUUUUUUAACACAAACUUAAAUAUUACAAAAUUAAAGUUAACAUAUAAUAAUAAUGAUGAAAUGUCUCAAUAUCUUAAUAACACAAAUGAAGAACCUAAACAUGAUAAAAAUGUUUAUAAUUCAUCAAUUAAUAAAAAUAGGAAUACAAUGGAUUAUCAUAUUUUUUCUUCGGAUUCCUCAUAUAAUUCGAACCAUAAUAAUAUAGACAUUAACAAAAUAAAUGAAAAAAAUUCCCUUUAUAUAAAUAUAAAUUCAAAAGGAAAAUUGAACAAUAUAUUUUAUCAAUAUUUAAUCAUUGAACUUGACGAGGGAAAAUAA